GAAAGAGUGCGAAACAGUUAAAUAGGUGCGCCGUCAACAUGUUGUGUGUCAUCGUCAUGUAGGAACAUUUUUUUGAAUUGAUAACUUUAGGUACUGAUGGUUUAGAGAUAGUGUGAUAUUAGUGUUUAAAAAUUUAGUACAUAUGUCGGCAUCGAGUUUACUAUUUUUCGCGCUAAGUAUAAAUUUGUUUCAUUAAAUUUAUAUUGUUAGUGGUCAGAACAAAAUGGCGCAUCAAAUACCCCCAUCGGUGAAUUGUUCACUGGACGAAAUUGAUUUAGGUGCUCUCAAAGAUCCUGCAGGAAUAUUUGAAUUGAUUGAAGUUGUUGGAAAUGGUACUUAUGGACAAGUUUAUAAGGGUCGUCAUACUAAAACGGGACAACUUGCUGCCAUCAAGGUUAUGGACGUUACGGAAGAUGAGGAGGAAGAAAUAAAACUUGAAAUCAAUGUAUUAAAAAAGUAUUCAAACCAUCGUAACAUUGCCACUUAUUAUGGAGCAUUUAUUAAAAAGUCUCCCCCUGGCAAAGAUGAUCAACUUUGGCUUGUUAUGGAAUAUUGUGGUGCAGGAUCGGUUACUGAUCUUGUUAAGUCUACUAAGGGCCAAUCUUUGAAAGAAGAGUGGAUUGCCUACAUUUGCCGAGAAAUUUUACGAGGUCUUUCCUAUUUGCAUUUAAAUAAAGUGAUACAUCGUGAUAUAAAGGGCCAAAAUGUUCUUUUAACGGAUAACGCAGAAGUGAAGCUAGUUGAUUUUGGAGUAUCUGCUCAAUUAGAUCGAACAAUAGGAAGAAGAAACACAUUUAUAGGGACACCAUACUGGAUGGCACCUGAAGUUAUUGCUUGUGACGAAAAUCCGGACGCCACUUAUGAUAAUCGCAGUGAUUUGUGGUCCCUAGGUAUUACUGCCUUAGAAAUGGCCGAGUCUCAACCACCUCUGUGUGAGCUUCAUCCCAUGAGAGCGCUGUUUUUAAUUCCUAGAAAUCCACCUCCGAGGCUUAAAAGCAAAAAGUGGAACAAAAAAUUUCAUAGUUUUAUCGAAACAGUAUUAGUGAAAGACUAUCAUGAACGUCCUUAUACGGACCAACUGCUGAAACAUUCUUUCAUUCGGGACCAGCCAACUGAAAGGCAAGUGCGAAUACAGUUGAAAGAUCACAUAGACAGAUGUAAGAAGCGAAAGCAGGAAAAGGAACGGGAAGAUUACAGAUAUUCGGGUUCAGAGAACGAAGAAGAAGAACCAGCUCUAGCGGGCGAACCUAGCAGUAUUGUACAAGCUCCUGGAGGUGAUACCCUGCGUCGAAACUUCCAACAAAUUCAAGAGGGACGUACGCUACAUCAGGAUGUUCAACCUCCACCACGGAAUUCGAAAAAGGAGAAAGAACGAGAAGAGAUACCAGAACCAGGUCCACCCGCUAGGCCACCAAUUCCACAGAGAAUUAUUGUUGUUCCUGAUCCACCGCCUGCAGCUCCUAGACGCCCACUGCCACCACCCCCAGAAAAUGCCGUAUCAAGAUCUCAACAGCAACCUCAGCGAAACUCGCAAUCUCAACAUAUGUUCAAACCAAUGGUGCCACCUCGAAAUCCUGAGGAACUUGAAGUACUUGCGGCUCAUUUGAACGAAUUAGGUGUGCAACAGCCGGAAGCUCCGCCCAGAAAUAAUCGUAAUAGUAAACAGUCGCAAUCGGCUGUUAAUAAUAACAUAACUACACCCAGUUCCGCAAAUAAUCACACUCCGAUUGCUACUAAUCACAACAGCGGAUCUGUUGGCAAUCAAGUGCCAAGUAAUAUUCUCGAUCCGUUGGUAGAUAGUGAAAGUGAAUCGGAACCGGAAGAUAAUGGUAGAGGACGAAAUGAUGGCACGUUAUUGGCUAGUGACCCUCCAAAACCACUGCCUGGAUUAGGGGUUGUAGCAGAAGGAGUUCCUAGCAGUUCUAGUCCAGUAGCUACGGGUUCAUCCGGAGGCGCUCCCAACAGGCCUUUGCCACCGACCCCUGAUGAUGAUGACGCACAGGGGGAUAAGACUCUUGUAUUAAGAAGGCAGCCUGCAGCCAGUCUAACUACCGGCGAUCAGCAAGAAAAAAAGAAAGAAGAAAUUGAUGAGGCGACGUUGUUAAAAGACUGGGACUUUGACAGGUUUUUCCCGUCCAAGUUCCCGUCGAAACAGGAUGCUCCUGCUACAUCGACACCUAACAGUUCUCCUUCCGCAGCAAAAUCGAACGAUACAAAUAAACGAAAUUUACAGAAUCAGGAAGCCAAAGCAGCGUCGUCGUCGUCUAACCACCGUCGAAUGGAGAGUGAUUCGAAAGUAGGAGGUCCGUUUUUCCGCGGUUUUCGCCGUGAAAAUUCAGACUUUUUCCCCCUCAGCUCGCGCCACUCGGCAGUUUUUGGCGAAAGAAGCAACCCGCUUAAGUCGAGCGGUAUUUUCAAUAAUCGACGAAGUUCGGAUGCAGGCAUAGGAAAGAAAAAUCUUGGCGAACCCGUUUUGACUGAUUUUAUCAAACGGAGUUCUGAUUCGCCAGCUAGCACAUCAUCUAGCGGUAGCACACCAAAAAUUAACAAUAAUGACAGUUAUCUUCGAAUAAAGUCACCUGUCAAAAGUACAGAUUCCGGACUCGAUCCGAAUAUUUACAAGCCAAGACGUGAAAAGACUGAAUCGGACAUUGUUCUAUUACGUUCGGAAGCGCGCAAAGGGCUGCGCGAGAGCUUGGAGGCACGCAGACGUGACUUUGAGUCGCAGUUUUUCAAGGAGGCUGAAAUUAUGCGAAGGCGCAAUUCGCGACCUGUUGACGUAAAUUCCAUAGCGCUGUCGACGUCGACCGCUAGUAGUAUCAUUGAUGGAGACGAUUAUUUGUAUCUGCAACAGAAUGGAAGAAGUAAUGAUAGUUCCAGACAAAGUAGUGUUUUACCAGAUUUGCUUAGUCAGGCGAGUGGAAGUCCUGGUACUCCAUCUGCGCGAGACAAAUCAUCAAGCGAAGAGUAUCGACAAGCCAUGUCUUCCUCGCAAAUAUCAACUCCCUCACCCAAUAAACUAUCCACUCCUAUUAAUGCACACGCACUUGCAUUGCAACAGAAACAGCGGUCGUUUCUCACGUUUGGUUUUGGAGCUGGCUCUGCUCAGUCAAGGAGGGAGUCGCAUGUGAAUGUCAACGUCACACCUACCUCACAUGACGUAUCAUCGGACACGCCCGAAAUCCGAAAGUACAAGAAGCGCUUUAAUAGCGAAAUACUAUGUGCCGCUCUCUGGGGUGUUAACCUGCUUAUUGGAACUGAACAUGGAUUGAUGCUAUUAGACCGAAGUGGCCAAGGUAAGGUCUACCAACUUAUAUCAAGAAGAAGAUUCCAACAAAUGGAAGUUCUUGAGGGACAAAAUAUCCUCGUUACUAUUUCUGGGAAAAAGAAUCGUGUACGAGUUUACUACCUCAGCUGGUUGAAGAGCAAAAUCUUGAGAACAGAUGGUCUAAGCGAUCAAGUGGAAAGAAGAAAUGGUUGGAUCAAUGUAGGGGACCUGCAAGGGGCAGUUCACUUCAAAAUAGUAAAAUAUGAAAGAAUCAAGUUCCUCGUAAUAGCCUUAAAAGACAGCAUAGAAAUUUACGCUUGGGCUCCGAAACCGUAUCACAAGUUUAUGGCGUUCAAGUCAUUUCCGGAACUAACACAUCGACCGUUGCUGGUCGAUCUCACAGUUGAAGAGGGAACCAGACUGAAGGUUAUUUACGGUAGUGCCGACGGAUUUCAUGCUGUAGACUUGGAUUCUGCCAGUGUUUAUGACAUUUACAUGUCUAAACAUACUCAAGGUGCAAUAACUCCUCAUUGUAUAGUAACCUUACCCAAUAGCAACGGUAUGCAGUUACUAUUGUGUUACGAUAAUGAAGGUGUAUACGUAAAUACAUACGGAAGAGUCUCAAAAAAUGUGAUAUUACAAUGGGGCGAAAUGCCUACUUCCGUUGCAUACAUUGGAACUGGACAAAUAAUGGGUUGGGGCAACAAAGCCAUUGAAAUUCGCUCUGUCGAGUCCGGUCACCUGGAUGGUGUUUUCAUGCAUAAAAAGGCUCAACGACUGAAGUUUUUAUGCGAACGUAACGACAAGGUGUUCUUCUCUAGCGCAAAAAGCGGAUCGUCUUGUCAAAUUUACUUUAUGACUCUCAAUAAGCCUGGCAUGGCCAACUGGUAACACUGAACUGCUUCGUUUUUCGUCACUCAAUAACGUGUAUAAUAAUAUAGUUAACUUUCUAUCAGUCGAUUUUGGUCUUCAGUCACUUUAGUUUCGGUCUGUUGUUUCAGUUCUUCAUAAUAGGCAUACGAACAGAUAUUUUGAAGUAAACACAAGUCAACGUAAGAGAGUACAAUUAAAAUUAGGUAAACAUAAAAAAUGAUUUUUGGCAUGUUAUACUGUACGUAUUACAUACAAAACGUUUGAUUUUAAAGUAGCAAUAAGAAGACUAAAGUUGGGAGCAGAAACCAUACAGGAUUGCUUAAUUUAUGGCGUAGCCAUAAGACAGUCACCAAGUUGUACCGAAAUUGAUGUGCAAUCAGUCAUCGCGCAGCGACUAAAGUUUUCUAUCCUUUUUAAUGAUGCUAUUCGGAUCUAUUCGCUUAGGUUUAAAUUUUUGCUCCUAAGUCUAGUUUCCUUGAGUAGCAGUAAUUUCGUUGCAAGUGAUAAAGUGGGCUUUCGUUUUAGGGCGUGUUCCUUAAAACUGGAUCAUUUUUUUUUUACUUUUUACACAAAAUGUUUCAAAAGUGAAAGGGCAUUCUUGUUUAUUAUUGAUUUUUUAUCAAUUAUGCAUAGUUAAUCCAUAUAGCCAAUACGAAUUAAAUGCUAAUACUCGUAAUUAAACUUGCUUUUCAAUAUUACGUUUUUGAUAAAUUUAUGACGAUUUUUUUUUGAAAUGUUUUUUGUAAAAAUAACUAUUUAUACUAACAUUCUUUAGUCAAAUAGGUAACAAAUUCUUUUAUCAUUUUAGUGGUGCUAUAAAACUUUAGGAACUCAGGGCGUAAAGGGUGUGAUUAUUCACAAUAAACGAAUGUUAGAGAAUUAAAUUUUAUUAACAAAAGUCGAACCAUUAGUUAAUUUGGCUAAUUCAAUGAAUUAAAAGUUUUAAAUAAUCAUAAUGGAGAAACAGUAAAAGAUCUUAUUUUAAGGAACAUUAAAUUCUGGUCAGAUUACUUUGGCAUUGCAACAGUGGCAAAAAAGCUAGCAAGUUUCGUAUGUUUUUUGAUUCAAAGAUGUUGCAAUUUCAGUUGUAAUAAUAGUACUAUAUACUUAACGUUUCGUUUAUUAUUUAUAAUAACGGAUGAUUUAUAUUAUGUUUAGUGAAAAAUGCAUUUAUUUUAAUUAUAAGGAUUAAUAUAUGAAAUAGUUCAGUGCCAAGAGAGAGAGAGAGAGGGUGAGAAAGAUGAAAUAAGUAUAAGAAUAGCGGGAGAAAGAGAGAGAAAAGAAGGAUAUGAAGCAGCAGCUAUGGUGUAGAUCAAGUGAGAAAUGCUCAUAAAUAUGUAGAUGUUAAGAUUGCAGAUGUAUAGUGAAUUUAUAGGCAAAGAAUUGUCAACAAAACUUGCUUUAAUUAACCGAAAGAAGCAAAUUUUGAAGAUCGUUCAGUGUAAAUAUAGAUAUUUGUUAACUGUGUACAGGCUUAUGAAGUACGUAAGCUUGUACUCUGUACUUUAGUCAUAUACAUUGUAGUAGUCCCCUCCUAUUCCCUUAACCUAAUGAUAAUUGCAUUGUUUUUUCGUAUUUUGCACAGAAAAAAAAAACAAUUUUAUACUAACAACAAUGGAGUAGAAAGAAGAAAAAAUAUAUAUAAAAAAUAAAUUUCCAAGUGUACGUUGAGAGAUGAGUUGAAUUUUUUGGUGCAAUUAAGACUGUUUUAUAUACACAUUAAAUUUUAUACUACGGUAGAAUAUGGUUCGUUUCUUAUUUGAACUCCUUUUGUGUCACGGUAACUCUUC